CCGUCCUACUAGGCUUGAUAAGUCUACCACCAUGAAUUCUGUGAACGGAGAUGUCCUCUAUUACAUCUUGUUUGAUGUAUGGACAUCGCAUCGCCCAUCUCUUCUGAACGCGACCUUGGUCUGCAAACGAUGGCACAGCAUUGCCCAGCGAAUCCUGGAUGGCCAUCUGGACCAGCUAAUCGUCAGCCCAGUAACGGAAGCGCGCAACAAACUCCUCUUUGACAGAAUCGAAUCCGACGCAGUAUUCCAGAAGCGGAUUCACACGAUAACUGUUGCCGACGUUUUCUCGUCCGGCUUGGUCCACAUCCAAGCGGCCCGUUUCUUUCCACCCCACGACCUUCCAAGAGUAAAAGGCCCGUAUGGAUGGCUCGAGCCACGUAGCCAAUCGACCUGGAACCAACUCGAGCAUCUCGCGCGCGUCAUAGAGAGAAGUUCUCUUCGCAAUCUCAUAUGGGCCGCGAAACCCCGCAUGCCAAUGUGCAUUUUCGACGCGGUGGAGAACUGCUCGACCUGUCGAGUGCAGAUACAGUUCCGCGACGAUUAUGCAGAUUCUCGCUUUGGUCCAGUAACAUUUCCGUCCAUCGAGACGCCAGGGAGUCUCAUAGCACUGCAUGGUGUUGCGUCCAGAUUGACUCGGCUAGGUAUCGUAGUGCCUGCCUUCGACAUGUCCUCGGACACGGAGACCACGAUGCUCCACACUCUGGGAGACUUACUGUCUAAGUCUCCACUCUCUGCGCUUGAGAUACACGCGGCGGGGAGAUUGUUCGCAAACAGUGUGGCAAGCCCCGCGUUCAAAACGAUCCGCGGCUUUCAGUGGUUGCCCGAAAAUGUUGACUGCCCUUUAAGCUUAAGGAAACUACGAUUAACAAAUUUCUGCUUGUGCGACGCCGAUGAGCCCACAGUAAUGCGAUUUCAGCAUUUCGUACAAUGCAGAGACAUCGAAGAAGCUCAUUUCACAUGUCCUGCUUUUCUGGACCUUCUCUCCAAGAGGCAUACGCAACUCAGUGCUUUGACCUUGGAACUCGAUUCUCGAUACGAAAGCGCAUAUUCUUCGUGCUCAAAGCCGCCCUUGCAUUCCGGCAUUUGGGACUUCCUUCUAUCACAAAAUCAUCUCGAGGUGCUGAGCAUUAUUAAUGGGACAGAUGUGGUGCAAACUAGCGAGCUAGCACUCACUGAGACGCUGUUUAGCCAUCUGGGCAAAUCACUUGAAUAUUUGCGUAUUCAUGAGCGCGAGAUGGGGUUACGAUGGGAUAGAAGCACGCGGAUUAUUCUUUCUCCCUCUACCAUACAGGUCAUCGGAGAGACUUGCCCACGUCUGCGACUACUCGCAAUCGAUGCGCCGUGGGAAGAUGCCCUACUAUCCAAUCAUCUCGAUUGCGUCCGACAUCAUGUUGCAUUCAUAUACCACCUUCAGUUGAGCCUAGAGAUCGAAAAGUGCGGACAGGCUCCUGCUAGGGUGCCAGUGUCUGUACAACGCUGCGUCGACAUGUGGCAUCACCUUCGGGAUUCCCCAAGUCAACUUCAUCUACGAUCCCUGCUUGUCUCAAUCGGCGCAAUGCAUCCUCUCGAACGGUGCAACCAAAAUCGAAUCGACGUCAUGACGAGGCAUCAACGGCGUGUUCUGAUUCGGAGAGUAAACGAACAUGAAUCCGAAUCAGGGAACAGAGGCGAUAGUCUGAUGGCAACGUGCUUGAACGUAGACGAGUUCGAGGCACGAUUACGCUAUGAUGGCAAUGCAACAUACGGUGGACUAUCGAAGGAUCAUCUAGAUACAAGGCGGAAGUAUUGGAUAGAAGGGUCAAAGACUGAACCUAUGUCCUUGCAGCAGCCUGAUUUCUGUAAUCGCCCUAGUAGAUGAGUAGUGUCAUAAGAGUGUAGUAGUUGGAUAAUUACGCAACGUUGUUCUUAGCACGUAGUUGUUAAAUAAGUUUUUCUUUCCUUAGAAAGACC